AUGGUGGACUCGCUCUUGGACGCCGGGUGCUUCAGCCAACUCACCAAGCUUACGCUCUACGACCGCUUUGCCACUGUCGACGAGGUGUCCAACUUCUACUGUGGACUGGUAGCUGAGGGCGACAGGCUGUUCAGGUGCCUGGAGUCUCUGUCGCAUCUGAGGUCACUCUGCUUCCGACUCACGCUUGGAGUUGACCUCCAGGACCAAGAGGAAUACAUCGACUUUUAUCGGUGCCUGCAUCAAUUCCUCGUGUCAAAUCGAACACUGCGAACAUUCAAGUUCCCCGAGCACAGUCUGAACGAUCAGACACUCGACUACCUGCUGCAGUCACCAACAUGUACCAUCGACAGUCUGUGCAUCGACUUGUAUGAUCACAUGCCCGUUCUGUUGAGACCUCUGGAAAAGCUCAACAUCAGCCUCUCGGGCGAGGGCCCUCUGGACACAUUCCUCAGAUCACUUUGCAACGUCAGACACAUCAGGCUGCAGCAAAUUCCCAACAAGCUCUUGAUUCCUCUCAUUAGCUGCGCCAAUCAAGCGACAUCGAUAUCGAUCAACUUUGGACACUUUGUCGAUUGCGAAUGGAAGGACCUCACGGCACUCUACGUUGAGCAGUUGAACCUCAACAGGACGGUCAGCUACCUGUACAACAUCCAAUUCGACGACGACGAAGAUAUGGACAUCAGUCAGAGUCCAUCCUUUGCCAUUGUGGACCAAUGUAUCCAGAGUCACCCAUCCAUCCAGAACAAGUCAACCUGCACUGGGAUAGCCGGCCACAACGUUGAUUGGCGCGUUGGCGCCCACGUUGAUAGGGAUGAUGGCUGUGAGCUUGCCGUCAGAGAGCCAGGUGAAUCGGGUGACGGAAUCGGGUUUGUAACGUGA